AUGCAUGCCUAUAAUCGGCUCCCGAAUAGCGGACACAACAGCCCAUCUUCGCCGCCUUCGUCGCCUGUUUCCCGUUCUCCCCGGCUGCGCAACCGAUCCUCCGCCGCCGGCAGACCGGGUCGGGCCGUACCGAAAACUCUAGCCCAGCGACUCGCCUGGAUCCUUCUUUCUGUCCUAUUAAAACGCCAGGGCAUUUUCUUAUUCGCACCCCUUUUGUACAUUUCGUUUAUUCUGUUUUACAUGGGAACGGUGUCGUUUGAUGUGGUUCCGGUUAUAAAGCAUCGGCCGGCGCCCGGAUCAGUAUACCGGAGCCCCCAGCUCUAUGCGAAGCUCCGGUCCGAAAUGGACUCGGAUAAUUUCUCUGUUGAUACGAUAUCAACAAUAUGGAAACACUCCUAUAAAGGGGGCGAAUGGAGACCAUGCACAAACAAGUCUUCAGGAGGUUUACCUGAGUCAAAUGGAUACAUUUAUGUUGAGGCGAAUGGUGGUUUGAACCAGCAGAGAACAUCGAUAUGCAAUGCUGUUGCUGUGGCAGGAUAUCUUAAUGCUACACUUGUAAUUCCCCAUUUCCACUUUCACAGCAUUUGGAGAGAUCCAAGCAAAUUUGGUGAUAUUUAUGAUGAAGAGUUUUUUGUGAAAGCACUAGAAAAUGAUGUUCGGAUAGUGGACAGAGUUCCAGGAUACAUUAUGGAGCGAUUUGACUACAAUAUGAGCAACGUGUACAACUUCAGGAUAAAAGCAUGGUCAUCCAUCAACUACUACAGGGAUUCUGUUCUUCCGAAACUACUUGAAGAAAAGAUUAUAAGGAUUUCUCCUUUUGCAAAUCGUCUUUCAUUUGAUGCACCCCCACCAGUUCAACGUCUAAGAUGCUUGGCAAAUUAUCAAGCCCUACGGUUUUCAAGUUCCAUUUCUUCUUUGGGCAAUACCUUGGUUUCAAGAAUGAAAGAACACAGUGCAAAUAAUAGUGGCAAGUAUAUUUCUGUGCAUCUUCGCUUUGAGGAGGACAUGGUUGCUUUCUCGUGUUGUAUAUAUGAUGGUGGAGACGGAGAAAAAAGAGACAUGGAUGCUGCAAGGGAGAGAGGUUGGAAGGGGAAAUUUACAAAACCUGGUCGGGUUAUUCGCCCUGGAGCAAUCAGGUUGAAUGGGAAGUGUCCCUUAACACCCUUAGAGGUCGGUUUGAUGCUAAGAGGGAUGGGGUUUGACAAAAGUACAUCUAUCUUUUUAGCAUCAGGAAGGAUAUAUGACUCUCAGAGGCAUAUGGCUCCACUGCUAGAAAUGUUUCCUCUUUUACAAACAAAAGAGAUGCUGGCAUCUGCUGAGGAACUAGCUCCAUUUCAGAAUUAUUCCUCAAGAAUGGCGGCCAUAGACUAUACUGUUUGUCUUCACAGUGAAGUAUUUGUAACAACUCAAGGCGGAAAUUUUCCCCAUUUUCUUUUGGGUCACAGAAGAUAUCUGUAUGGGGGACACUCCAGGACAAUUAGGCCUGACAAGCGGAAGUUGGCAUUAUUAUUUGACAAUCCAAAUAUUGGGUGGAAAAGCUUCAAGCGGCAAAUGCUAAAUAUGCGAGCACAUAGUGAUUCAAAAGGAAUCGAAUUGAAAAGACCAAAUGACUCCAUAUAUUCAUUCCCAUGCCCAGAUUGCAUGUGCCGAAUUAACAAGACAGAAGAUUCGAGAUCAUCAUCAGUAACGUGA